AUGUCAGGUUGGAGGCCUCUCCUGUCUCACAUUGCUGAAGAGACUGAGGAACCCAAGAUCAGCAGGCUGCUGGCUGCAGAGGCGAAUAAACCCAAGGUCAUCAGGUCCCUUAUAUUUAUUCUCUUUUCUGUACAACACGUAUGUGGGACUGGAAAGAAAUACAUCGGUCCUUGUGGAGGAAGAGAUUGUUCUAUUUGCCAGUGCUUUCCUGAAAAGGGGUCUCGGGGUCCACCAGGACUGUUGGGGCCACAGGGUCCUAUUGGACCCCUGGGAUUCCCAGGAUCUAUUGGAAUUCCGGGAGACAAAGGGCUGAGAGGUGACAGUGGCCUUCCUGGAGUAGCAGGGGAGAAGGGAGACAAGGGUCCAACUGGUGUCCCGGGGUUUCCAGGUUUGGACGGCAUACCUGGACACCCGGGACCUCCUGGAUCCAGAGGCAAACCUGGCAUGAACGGCUACAAUGGCUCAAGAGGUGAUCCCGGGCUUCCAGGAGAAAAUGGACGUCCUGGCCCAAGAGGCCCCCCGGGUCUUCCAGGAGAGAUUGGAGAAAAAGGAAAUUCUGUGUUUAUUUUAGGUGGCAUUAAAGGUCUUCAGGGAGACAAAGGAGACCCAGGACCUCCCGGCUUCCCAGGAUCUAGGGGAGCAAGUGGACCAGCAGGCCCAAUGGGCUAUCCAGGAGAGCCAGGCUUAACAGGACCUCCUGGCCAUCCUGGGAGACCAGGCUUGAAGGGUAAUCCUGGCGUGGGAGUCAAGGGACAAAAGGGAUACCCGGGAGAAGUUGGCCAGCAAGGUUCUCCAGGACCAACACUAUUGGUCGAACCACCGGAUUCUAGUCUUUUUAAAGGAGAAAAGGGUGUAAAAGGGAUACCUGGACCUCUUGGACCGCCAGGACCUUUUGGACUCAAGGGAAAACCUGGCGUUGGGGAGAAAGGAGAGAAGGGCAUUUCUGGAUUUCCAGGACCUCCGGGUGACCCUGGUUCCUAUGGCUCCCCGGGUUUUCCAGGAUUGAAGGGGGAACCCGGACUGAUUGGCCAUCCUGGGCCACCUGGAUUUCUUGGCUCAAAGGGGGACCCUGGAGACCGUGGACACCCAGGACCACCAGGUCUUUUGGUAACUCCACCUGCUCCAUUCAAAGGUCCUCCAGGGGAUCCUGGCUUCCCUGGCCACUAUGGAGAAGUGGGGGCAAUUGGACCACCUGGCCCUCCAGGUCUCUCAGGUAGACCAGGUGAAACCUGCGCAGGUAUAAUCGGACCCCCUGGUGCCCAAGGGUUUCCUGGCCACCCAGGACUUCCAGGGGCAGCCGGAGUUCCUGGGAGAGCUGACAUUGCUCCCGGAAAACCAGGGCACCCAGGACCCCCUGGCUUGCCUGGAGCCCCAGGGCUACAAGGUCCCCCAGGAUCAGAUGUUGUACACUGCAUUGCCGGCCACCCUGGACCACAAGGAAUGAAAGGCAGACUAGGUCCCCCAGGAAGAAGAGGCUCAAAAGGAGACAAAGGAAACGAGGGGCUUUGUGCCUGUGAGCCUGGCCCCAUGGGACCCCCUGGCCCUCCAGGAUUUCCAGGGCAGCAGGGUAGUAAGGGAGACUUGGGCCUCCCUGGAUGGCUUGGAGAAAAAGGUGACCCAGGUCUUCCGGGUAUGGAAGGAUCUCCAGGACUGCUAGGGAAACCUGGUGCCUCAGGCCCACCUGGAACAAGAGGGGACAAGGGCGACAUGGUUGUUUCAAGAGUAAAAGGGCACAAAGGAGAGAGAGGUCCUCUUGGGUCCCCAGGAUUCCCAGGGCAGCAGGGACAGGACGGUCAGGAUGGACAUGCUGGAAGAAGAGGAGACCCAGGACCUCCCGGAGGUCAUGAAGAUGCAAUCCCAGGUGGUAAAGGGCUUCCUGGGCUUUCUGGGCUUCCGGGCAGAGAAGGGCCUGAGGGACCUCCAGGUCUGGGCUAUCCGGGUUCACCAGGAGAGAGAGGGAGUCCAGGAGAUCCUGGCCACCCCGGUGUUCGAGGCCCUGAUGGUCUGAAGGGUCCAAGAGGUGAUACGAUUCCUUGUAACGUAACCUACCCAGGAAUGCCAGGUCUUCCGGGUUUUGAUGGACCUCCAGGUCCGAUGGGAUUUCCAGGUUCCCCAGGUGCUCCUGGGCCGAGGUGUUUUGAUGGGCAAAAAGGACGACGUGGCAAAUCAGGAACUUCUGAAAUCCCAGGUCCACCUGGUUUCCGUGGUGUCAUGGGAGACCCAGGUUUUGAAGGGGAAGAGGGAUCCUCCCCUGCCGGGCCCCCAGGCCUUCCCAGUUCACCUGGUGUGGAUGGUCCAAAAGGACUCCCAGGGGACCCUGCAUAUGGCCACCCAGGACAACCAGGGAAGAGGGGUCUCCCCGGAGUGCCAGGAAUGAAAGGAGCCAGAGGUCACCCGGGACACCCAGGGUCUGCAGGGCCACCUGGACGUCCAGGAAUUGCAGGCCUCAAGGGUCCUAAGGGCAGAGAGGGAAGUGUUGGGCUUCCUGGUAUCCCAGGCCCACCUGGCCAUUCCUGUGAAAGAGGCGCUCCAGGGAUACCUGGGCAGCCAGGGCUUCCGGGGACUCCAGGUGCUAUAGGUGCCCCAGGCUCAAAAGGACAGCAAGGGAAUGAAGGGGCUCCUGGACCAGCUGGAAUGAAGGGUCUUCCUGGAGUCCCAGGACAGCAGGGGGCACACGGACUCCCCGGACCACCCGGAGUCUCAGGCCCCUUUGGUGAUGAUGGGCUACCUGGUCUUCCAGGACCGCCAGGACCCCAGGGUCUGCCUGGCAUCCCAGGUUUUCCAGGGGAGAGAGGAAGAUCUGGCCCAGACGGACAACCUGGCAGGAAGGGAGAACGUGGAGAGAAAGGUUGGCCUGGUCUUCUAGGAGACCAGGGAGCGAGAGGCACCAAAGGAGAGAAGGGACCUCAGGGAGAGGAAGGAAAAGUGGAUAUCAUUUCCAGUAAAGGAAAAAUGGGGGAACCAGGACCACCAGGACGUGAAGGAUCCCCAGGAGAAACCGGUGAUAAAGGAAACCCAGGAAUGCCAGGGAGAAGAGGAGAUCCUGGAAGACCUGGGCCCCCCGGACUUCACAGAGGGGCGCCUGGGAGAGGUGGACAGCCGGGCCUUCCCGGGCUCUCAGGACCUCCAGGCUUACCUGGUCCAACAGGAAGCAUCGGUCCUCCAGGAGUUCCAGGUGACCAGGGUGAUGUAGGUUCUCCAGGCCCUAUGGGACUCCCAGGAGUCGAUGGAGUGAGAGGACCGAAAGGCAACAGAGGGGACCCAGCAAGUCAUACUGGCCCACCUGGUCCGAAGGGUGAGCCAGGUAGCCUUGGAUGCCCAGGGCAUUUUGGAAUCCCCGGAGAGCAAGGAUUGCCUGGUGUUCAAGGGCCCAGGGGACCACCUGGAAGAUUAGGACUGCCAGGCUUCCCUGGACCGCCUGGGUGUCCAGGUAAUCAAGGGGCUCCUGGACUGAGGGGACAUCCAGGAGAAGCAGGGGAACCUGGACCAAGAGGCCUCAUAGGAUAUCCAGGGAUACCAGGCCCUCCGGGAAUAAAAGGUCCCUCGGGGUCUCCCGGCCUGAAUGGCUUGCAUGGUUUAAAGGGCCAGAAAGGAACCAAAGGUGCUUCAGGUUUGCACGAGGUGGGCCCACCUGGUCCCAUAGGGAUGCCUGGGCUAAAAGGGGAGACCGGAGACCCUGGGAAUCCCGGAAUUUCUCCUCCAGGCCUCUUUGGAGAAAAAGGUCCUCCAGGCCCCCCAGGGAGCCGAGGACCACCUGGGUCUGCGGGUGCCCCAGGAAGAGCUCCGGAGGGUGACAUUCCUGAUCCAGGUCCACCUGGAGAGCAGGGCCCUCCGGGUCCUGAUGGUCCGAGAGGUGCACCAGGAUGCCCAGGUACCCCUGGAAGUGCUCACCUCUUGAUGGGAGACCCUGGAGACGAUGGCCUGCCUGGCCCACUGGGUCCCCCAGGCCCACGAGGCCCACAAGGACACGCAGGUCUCCUAGGAUGCGAUGGACAUGCCGGCCAGAAAGGACCAAUGGGACUCCCAGGGAUGCAGGGUCCCCCUGGAUUUCCCGGAACCCCUGGAGAAAAGGGCUUACCUGGACCUUCAGGCCAACAGGGGCCCUCUGGACCUCCAGGUUCCAGGGGUGAACCUGGGCCACCUGCAGAUGCAGAUGCCUGCCCCCGAAUCCCAGGGCUUCCUGGGGUGCCGGGCCCAAGAGGACCAGAGGGAGCCAUGGGGAUCCCUGGAAUGAGAGGUCACCCAGGGCCAGUGUGCAAAGGACAGCCUGGGAUGGACGGCAAGCAGGGCAAGCCGGGCUUUCCAGGGACACCGGGGCCUUUGGGACGGAAAGGUGACAUGGGAGAAGCUGGCUAUCCUGGAGCACCAGGCCCUCCUGGCCCCAUUGGGGAUCCUGGGCCCAAAGGGUUUGGACCUGGAUACCUCAGUGGCUUCCUCCUGGUUCUCCACAGUCAGACAGAUCGAGAGCCUGCCUGUCCCCUGGGCAUGCCCAAGCUCUGGACGGGGUAUAGCAUGUUAUACGUGGAGGGACAAGAAAAAGCUCACACCCAGGACCUAGGUCUAGCAGGGUCUUGCCUGCCCAUGUUUAGCACACUGCCCUUUGCCUACUGCAACAUCCACCAAGUAUGCCACUAUGCCCGGAGAAAUGACAAAUCAUACUGGCUGGCCAGUGCUGCCCCCCUACCCAUGAUGCCGCUCUCGGAGGAGGAAGUCCGCCCGUACAUCAGCCGCUGCGCUGUGUGUGAGGCCCCUGCCCAGGCCGUGGCAGUGCACAGUCAGGACCAGUCUAUCCCUCCGUGUCCUCGGUCCUGGAGGAGCCUGUGGAUCGGGUAUUCAUUCUUGAUGCACACAGGAGCUGGGUCCCAAGGCGGAGGGCAGCCCCUCAUGUCACCGGGCAGCUGUCUGGAAGACUUCAGAGCGACGCCGUUCCUCGAAUGUCAAGGCCGGCAAGGGACAUGCCACUUCUUUGCAAAUGAGUAUAGUUUCUGGUUGACUACAGUGAAAGCCGACAGGCAGUUCUCCUCGGCACCAGUACCAGACACCUUAAAAGAAAGCCAGGCCCAGCGCCAGAAAACCAGCCGAUGCCAGGUCUGUAUGAAGUAUAGCUAG